UUUAAAGCAGCGGCCCUUCCCACCGACUUGAGUGAUCCCGGGCCGGUUUCGGGCACGUCUCUUUCCCCUGUGGUCUCGUUCAUUUCCCCCCUGCUUUGCUCUGCUCCCCCACGACCUGGCCGCCAUGAGGGAAAAGGGCCGCAGGAAGAAGGGCAGGACCUGGGCAGAGGCCGCCAGGACGGUUCUGGAGAAAAAUCCCAACACACCUAUGAGCCAUAAAGAGAUCCUUCAGGUUAUCCAGAAAGAAGGAUUGAAAGAGAUCAGAAGUGGGACUUCUCCUCUUGCAUGUCUGAAUGCUAUGCUGCACACCAAUUCCCGUGGGGAUGAGGGCAUUUUCUAUAAGGUCCCCGGGAGGAUGGGUGUCUACACACUGAAGAAGGAUGUUCCAGAUGGGCUGAAAGAACUGUCUGAAGGCUCAGAGGAGAGCAGCGAUGUGCAGUCGGAUUCUCCCACCUCAGAAAGCAGCAGCAGCAGCAGCAGCAGUGACAGGAGCAGUAACAAAGAUGGGCGGAAGAGCAGGUGGCGAAGGAAAGUGUCGACCAGACUCUCACAAGUGUCCUCUCCGCAGCCAGGCUGUACAUCUCCUUCUAUUCCACCAGGUAAAGUCAUCUCAUCGUCUCAGAAGCACAGCAAAAAAGCACUCAAGCAGGCUCUGAAGCAGAAGCAGCGGAAGCAGCAGCAAUGCCGAGCCAGCUUGCCAGUCUCCUCCAACCACCUCCUCCUGCAGCAGCAUACAAAGGCUGUCAGCCAUUCUGUUCCUGCAAAACCUGCCUGGGAAGGAAAACAAUCUGAUGGACACUCAAGUAGCUCCCAGAAUUCGACUUCUAGUUCAUCUCCCUCCAUUAAAGCCGAGCCCUCCCUCCCAGUCCUGGGGAAGAAGCCAUUCCAGAGAUCUGAGCGACUCCAUGCAAGGCAGCUGAAGAGGACAAAAUGUGCCGAAAUUGAUGUGGAGACCCCAGAUUCCAUCCUGGUGAACACCAACCUGCGGGCCCUGAUCAACAAGCUCACAUUCUCUCUUCUGCCAGCUGACUGUCAGCAGCGGCUGCUCCUCCUGCUCCCUGAAGUGGACAGGCAGAUCGGGGUAGAUGGGCUGUUGAAGCUCAGCAGUUCUGCCCUCAACAACGAGUUCUUCACUUCUGCUGCCCAAGGGUGGAAAGAACGACUGUCGGAAGGGGAGUUCACUCCUGAAAUGCAGCUGAGACUUCGGCAGGAAUUAGAGAAGGAGAAGAAAGUGGAACUGUGGAAGGAGCGCUUCUUUGAGAGCUACUAUGGACAGAGUUCUGGGCUGAGCCCUGAAGAAUCCCAGCAGCUGACAUCCUACAUCCCCACUACUCAGGCACAGGCUAGGAAUUCAGCAGUUCAGCUGCAGCAGUGCUUGCCCAUCUCUGUAGCUGUAUCAAGCAAAGAGGCAGCCCCUCCUGUGGAUCCAAAGGCACAGGAUCUUUUGGUAUCACCACCACCACCACCAGCAGCAGCAACAGCAGCCGCAAGCAGAGAGGAAGAGCAGCAGCUCCAAACCCCCAAGCCAGCAGAGUUUGUCAGCUCCUCAGAUAGCAGUCUCCCCUCCAGAUCCAGUGACCAAACUCCCUACGGGCCUCCCAGAGGGAUUGAAGAGCCAGGAAGGGAGGUGCCGCAUGUUGGCAGCUUGGAGUCCCCAGCGAAAGAACAGUCAAGCAAACCAAAGAGCCCAGUGGCAGCAGGCAGUGAAGCCAAUCCAGGAGAGGAGUCUCAGGAGAUACCUGCCAAGGAAGCCUCUGUCACUGGCACAGAACAGAUGGACGUCGGAGUCCAAGGUCUCAAGAGGAAAUCAGAGAGCCCCGAAGAGGAGUCGACUACACCGGAAAAACGGCCCCAUGUUGUGGAGAACAGCCGCUCCAGCCCACCUUUUCAAAGCCCGCCGCAGCCCUUUCCAGCAGCGCCCGUGCCAAAGGUCCCUCCACUCAGGAUCCCUGUCUCCAGGAUCCAUGGAUCCCCAUUGCCAUUUCCUGCCAGCCAGGUCUCUCCCGGGCCCGGCUUCCCUUGCACCAUCACCAGUCCCAGGAGGACGGGGGCCAGGACCCUGGCGGACAUCAAGGCCAGAGCCCAGCUGGCCAGGGCCCGGCGGGCAGCAGCUGCUGCCGAAGCAGCAGCCUCCAUGGCUGCUACUGCUGCCUCCAUUGUGGGAACCAUCCCAGGUCCGGGCCCAGGAGGAGGGGGCAAGGGAGAGGAGAGGGGCGGCACAGCAUCAGGGGAGCCCCAUGGAGCUGCGACCCAGGCAGACACACCGGGCCUGGCAGGCACUGGAAGUGGGGCAGGUCCAAGAAGGCCUUUGCCCUCCGGCCCAGGCUCCCAGGCCCCAGCGGUGUCUCCGACAACAGAGCAGGCGGCUCCCUGCGGUGUUGCUAGAGCACAGCUACAGCCGGCUCCCUCCCUGCAGCCCAGAACUCCAGGCAACUGCCCCAGCACAGAGACCCCAACAGCCACCCAACCAGCCAUAGUGAGCAUCGGCCCCUUGACAGCCCCGGCAAGCCAGAAUGCCCGGGCAUCUCUGAGCUCGAGUUGUGGCCUUGGGCCAGGGGUGGAUCCGCCUGGAAAACCCUCUUCUACUCUCAGCCAGGCCGCAAGAGCAGCCUGUGACCCUGAGCCCAGGCCAGCCAGCAAAAACCUCCCCGAGGCAGCACUUGCUGCCGGCACAGGUGUGUCACGAGACACAGCCCACUCACCUUCUCGGCCUCCGUUGUCAGCUGUACCCUUCAAGGAGCCCGCUCCCCCGGACCCUCCAGCUGGUGCUGCGGCAGCACCCCCUGCAGCUGCUCCAUCCCGUAGCACUUUGUCCAUCACCCUUGGCCUUAAGGAGGUCCCAAUGGAGCAGAUCUUGCCCAAGCUCUUCACAAGAGUCGAGAUGAAGACCAUCCCAUUCCCUGUGAAGGAGCAGAAAGAGCCAGUGGGCACAGCCAGGCCCGGCGAGAGGCAGCCUUACCAGGUCCCACUGCAGUCCUGUGGGAAGCCAGGCUUCAGUACUAGUAGGCAGCAGAUACCCCACGGUGUACAGCCCUUUCCUCCCUUUGUGGGCCACGAGCUGUGGAAUGCCACUGCUGACUUGCACCCCAGCCAGGAAGCCUUGGGCCAGGGAGCCCGCGAGCAUAUCCUCCAGGCCCUGAUGCAGAGGCUCUCGAGGCAGAAGCUGGCCUCUCCCACCACACCGCCUUCCCAGCUUGCUCUCCCGCCUCCAGCUUUCCCAGUGGAAAGCAGCUCCACCAGCCAGAGCUUCAUGCUGGGAUUCAUGGGGAGAAGGACAUCCAGGCCUGCGAUGUCUGGCCAUUACCUCCUAAACGUUUCCACCUAUGGCCGGGGCUCCGAGCACCUCAGAAGGAAACUUGCCAUGCACCCAGAGAACCGCGCGUCCACAGACGGACCCAAAAUGGAACUCGAAGAACAGGAGCAAGCGGCAGGAAGCAGCAGCAGCGGGGAAGACGGAGGAGACACAGACGGGGAAGGCACCGCUGACGAAGAGGAGUGUGUUGUGGUCAAGGAGGAACUGGUGACCCACGAGGGAAGGGGAGAGCGGGUGACCCCCCAAGCAAGCGCCAUGAAGGCAGAGCAGGGAGCUGCAAUCUGGAAGGUGCAGGAUGCCCACCAGUUCUCGGCAAGCCAGGAAUUUGCUGGAAGUGGUGUGGGAAGGGGUUUUGUUCAAGCAGCCCAGGAAAAGGCGACACAGAAAACAAGGGGGGAAACAAGACCUUGGAGCACGGAUCUGCACAUUGAUGCCUCAGCAGACUCAACCCCGCCCCAACCCCUGCUCCUCUCUCCCUCGCCGCCUUCUCGGCUCUUUGGGAACCCUGCCGCUACACAGCUCAUCGGCCCGGGCUACAGCGGCACCAUCAACGUCUCCACCUCGCCAGACAUGCACCAGGAGGCGCUCCUGACAGGGCUGUCCGACCCCAGCAGCAUUGGGGAUGUCGUGUCCUUCUCUGUGACCGUUACGACCAUCCCCGCCGGCCAGUCGGCAAGCGCGGGAAGCCGUGGGCAGCCCCUCCCUGUCCAGGCCUUUUCUGACACUGGUGGCCUGGAGGAGCUGCCCGCCAAGUGUUACUGCCGUUUGAAAGCCAUGAUCAUGUGCAAGGGCUGCGGGGCCUUUUGCCACGACGACUGCAUCGGCCCCUCCAAACUCUGUGUCUCCUGCCUGGUGGUGCGGUAGCCGGGGUCCCGACUCGCAUCACCCUCGCAGGACCAGCUGCUCACUCGGGUGUCCCGCCCAGCGCCUGCUUGCUUUCCGUUGAGAGCGAAGGCCUCUUGCACAGCCAGCUGAAAUCUUGGGACGAGUGUUUGCACUUAAGGAAUCAUGUAAAUAGGUUGCAUCAAUUUUUUUGUCUUAAAAAGUAUAUUUUUUUUUCUCGUUUCAGUCCUCUUCAGGUAAAUCUAUUGACUCAUGUAUCAUUUAGUCCCCUCACCAGCUCUGGCUGGCAGAAGCAGGGCCUGGUCAGUCCCUCAUCUCACAAUCUGUCCGUUGGUGGGUGGCAUACAGCUCACUGAGCCCCUCCCACUGGCUGAUCCACGCCCCUGCCGUCCCUUUCCUCUCCUCUCCUACCGACAGGGUCCCUCGUGCCGUUUGUGGUGGCUGAUGGUGUUCUGGUCCUGGCUGUCUGGUUUCUUUUACUGACUGCACUGUGUCCUAAUGCAACGUAGCAGCUAAGACUUGUAGACUAGCAGCCCCAGACAGUUGCUGCAUCACACAAAUGGCUGCCCUGCUUUCACCCUGUUGGGAUGGGAGUUGAAUCACCAUGAGGAGAGAGACAGGAAGCCCACAUCAGUUCAGCAAGCUAUAGCUGCCUGCUGAGCGCAGCCGGCGUCAGCUCAGAUUUGUUAAUUUUCCAAAGAACAACUGGCUAGCGAUAGCCCAUCAUCCCACUUCUGCCAUCACUUGCCCCCCCCCCCCCCCAAAGAGCAAUGGAGGGCAGCCGCCUUUUAACUAAGCCAGAUAUGCAGUUCAGUUCCUUUU